AUGAAGACAGAGGAGCAAGCAGAGACUCCCUGCUCCUCCUCCACACCCCGUCCUGAUGAAACACAAGCUGAGGAUGAGGAGGAGCAGCUGAAGGGAGGAGCUGGGAUUUCAGCUGAGGUAAAAGAAAGAAGGGCUUCCUGCAGCUCAGAGCCUCCUGCUGAGGAGGAGCUGGGCGUCCAGGAGUUGAAAAUAAACGCACGGAUCCACCAAACACCUCCUGCCCCUCCGUCCUCUGAAGACCAGGAGGUCCCAGCUUAUGAAACAAGCCCUCCUCUGACCAAUGGAGACCUCAGCAAAGAGAAGGGAUGUUUGAUUUCAACAGCAGGUCCUCCCUCCAGACCCAGAGCUCCACCCACAGGAGCUGCCCCAGUGAAGAAAACAAUUCCUCCAACUAAGAAGUCUGGUCCAGCUAGGAAAUCAAAUGCCCCUCCUCCCCCCACUGAAGCCGCGAAGGAAACCGAAGACGCUGCGAAGGCCUCCAGGACAGCAGGAGGCGCCAGAGCAGCCAAGAUGAUCUCAGCCAAGAGCUCAGAGUCAGUGGAUGGAGUCAGCAGUCCAGGAAGCCGCUCUCCUGCCAGCAGAUCGUCCACUCCAAACAGAGACAUCAAGAAGGUGGCGGUGGUCCGGACCCCCCCCAGGUCUCCCAGCUCUGCUCGUGGACGGACACCCCCCCUCACCUCCCACCCCAUGCCUGACCUCAGCAAUGUGAGGUCAAAGGUCGGAUCCACAGAAAACCUGAAACACACACCCGGAGGGGGCAAGGUUCAGAUCGUCAACAAGAAGAUGGAUCUCAGUAACGUGGCGUCAAAGUGCGGCUCCAAAGACAACAUCCGCCACAAACCAGGUGGAGGGAAGGUGGAGAUUAAAUCAGAGAAGGUGGAGUUUAAAGCUGUUCAUUCUAAAGUUGGUUCUCUGGAGAACAUCACGCAUGUACCAGGAGGGGGAAAGAAGAAGAUUGAAAGUCAGAAACUGACCUUCAGAGAGCAGGCCAAGGCUCGAACUGACCACGGUGCUGACAUCGUCAUCCAGCCUGACUCCUCCCCCCCUCGCCUUAGCAACACUUCUUCCCCUGGAAGCCUUAAUGCUGCCGAAGCUCCGCCCCUCGACACCCUGGCCGACCAGGUGUCAGCCUCUCUCGCCAAACAAGGCCUGUGAUUGGAUGACCCCUGUACCUGCAGACCCCAACCUCUCGUUACCAAGGAAACUGCCUGAUGAAAGAAAGAAAGAAAGAAAUUCUUCUGCCUUUUCCCUCGAGCGUCUUCAUCACAGAGCAGAUUGCAGGGAUUUUAUGAAGUGAAACGAAGCCCAGUCAUUAUCAGCCAAUCACAGCUCAGUCUGGCAGGUACAUCCAUCCAGGUGUUCAG